AUGAUCGGGCAACUAGUUAAUGCCUCUGUAGCAAUGCUAGUUCUCUACAAUACUCUUCAGGCAUUCAAGGCAUGCAGAGAAGAUAGGAGACUUUAUAAAAGAUACAAUAAGUAUUUCAUGGUCAUUGCAGUGUUUCUUGUACUAGACAACUUGUUUUCGUUCGUACUCGACUUUAUCCCUUUCUACCAGCUGUUUAAGCUGAUGGUGGUUGCAUGGAUGUCUAUACCUGCGUGCACUGGAGCGGUAUUUGUUUACAAAUUCUACAUCCUGGGAUUCAUGGACAAGUACCAGGGUGAUCUUGAAGAGAUGGUUGAAAAGGCGAGGUCUGCGGUGUUCAAGUACUUCAAUGAAUGCUACAAAAAGGCGCAGAAGAACUACCAGAAGCACAAGAAUGGCGAGGCAGAAUGUGAAUCUCUUGGAAUAAGAAGCGAGGGGGAGGCCAGGGCCUCUCUAGAUGAUUCGAACAUGGAAGAUGUUUCUGAUUCUGGAUUUUCCACCAUUGACUCGACUGUUGUCAAUGGAGAGAAGCAGAGCUCUGCCUUUGAUUCCAAGCUGGAAAGCAAAUCUGCUGCCGAUGCUCAGGAGUAA